AUGGAGCUGUUGGAGGUGUUCUACCGCAGGAAGCUCCGGAGGAAGCAGAAAAAGCCGGAGCUGGGCCGGUCCGACGGGGCGCUCUGUCGCUCCCCGUCAGAGGCCAGCGUCAACAACCUGGCCACCGGCCUCAUCUCCAAAGUCCUACGCUUCACCUCCAGACAGUUUUAUGUCAGGAUAUCCGAUACAACGCACUUUAUGUUUUCCUUAACUCCCAACAGACGCAAUGAGCCGGCGUCUCGUCCUCAUUCGUGGCAUUCAACAAAGCUGGAGGAAGGCGGGCAGAAGCUGGAGGAGGCAGCCAUGGACGCAGUGACCAGCGCCUGGCCCCACAGCUACCAUGCCAGUGCAUCCACCACUGACAUAUCCGGUGGCUUUGACUCUGGUGGGGGCUACCUGAGGAAGAGUCCAGACCAGUACAGCUCCAGGGGCAGCAUGGAGAGCCUGGACCCCCCCCUCCCCUCCCAGAAUCUCUCCGUGGCUCAGCAUCACCUCGCGCUGGGCCACCACGGCCACUCCGGACCCCACCCAGCCUACUCCUCCUGCCACCAACUGUCCUCUGCCAGGUCCUCAAACAGCAUUGACCAUCUGCACAGCAAGAGAGACUCGGCCUAUUCUUCUUUCUCGACUAGCUCCAGUAUCCCAGAGUACCUGGCCUCCACCCCCUCCUUCAGUCCAGAACGUUCUUACUCACUGGAGACCGUCCCCCAGAAAGGAGGAGGAAGCGCAGAGAUGCUGCAGGCCGACAUGCGCUAUGUGCGGACAGUCUAUGACCCCCAACAGGGCCUCUCUCAAGAACACGAGCUCAGAUCCAACUCUGCCGCGUUGCUGGGCAACAGCGACACCCGAGGCGCGGCGCGAUCCGGACAAAGCAGAGAUCUCCAGGUGGGCGGGGUCCGUUACCGUGGCGCCACCAGUGGCAGAAACAGCGGCGGCGGCGGGAGUGGCGUGCCAGCUUCAAACAGACACAGUGUGGGGCCAAUCUGGGGCCCUGCAGCCAGCCACAGCUCCUACGAGAGCCUGAGGGGGGCACCGGCCCCGCCCCGCCGCAGCGACAGCUACGCCGCCAUCAGGAACCACGAGAGACCCAACUCCUGGUCCAGUCUGGAGCAUGCCCGGUCGUUACGAUCUCUACAGAAAGGUUCUGGGCAUCACUCCAGCGGCCCCGUUGCCUCAGCUAGAGGCUCUUAUGGUGCAGAGGGUCAGCUCCACACUGUCAUAGAGAAGAGUCCAGAGAGCAGUCCAACCACAAAGCCCAGACAGGGUGGGGGAUAUCCCCAACCCCCACCCUACACCGGACCCUCCUCUGGACCUGCGGGACUCAACUCCCAGUCCAGCCGGCUUAUACUUCCCACAGGCGUGUACCCGGUUCCACAGCCUGAGCCCCACUAUGCACAGAUACCCAGGUCCAGUCCCAGCCCCGGGCCUUCGGGAGUCUAUCCCUUACUGGUCAAGGAGAGCAGCCGGCAGCAUCUUCAAGGUUUUCAGGCAGUCAGUGGAAAGGAUGAAGUGGAGGCAGAGGGGCGAAUGGGUGAAAGGACUCCCACUACGGACAAUGGCCAUCAAAAUAACGUCUCUUCCCCGUACUACCGCUCCUCAGUUUCUACGUCUUUGUCUACACAGUUCAGGACUCAGUCACACGAGGAUGACAGGCAUCUACAGCAAGAGGACAUGGCCAGACCCUGUAGAGUACACAUGAAAGCUCCUGGAGGGGAGUCAGAGGGCCAGACUGGGGCCCAAAGGCCUUCCAAUCACCAGGAAACUUAUAGCCACAGCUUCCAAGGUUCCCAUCCUCAUACAAGCCAGGAACCCCAUCAGGAAAAGGCCCACGAAUUUCACGAUAGCCUCGUCCACCCAGACCUUGACCUUAAAAGCCCGUCCUCGCAUGAUAAAAGAGAUCCUCUCACGCCGGUCCAGUCCUGGGGAGAAAGGAGCAGGUCAGUGGACCAGAGUAGCGUUUAUUCGGAGCCGGCGGUGUCGCCCAGGCUCGCCCAGGGCCAGGUGCCACCUGUUCACCCUCAGCCUCAGGCUCCGCCCAGCUCCACCUCGCACCCCUCGCCUCGUCACUUUAGCGACUCGGCUAUCGCUAACUACCAGCCUCGGAACCACAGAGAACCAGACAGAGACAGAGAGCACCCGCUGACCCGGCUGGAGAUCGCCCUCGCUGAGGUCCAGCGAUGCGCCAGCCCCGACAGCGUCUUCUCUGGCAGCAGCCAUGACAACGGCGUUCCCAGCGAUGGCACCCAAGGCCCGGCCCGCAGCCUCUCUGUUUUGGAGAAAAUGAUUGAGAAAGCCCGUGGUACCUCCUGUGGAGCGGAAGACCUGAGGAAUAUGCUGGAGAGGAGCACCAAGGGGAUCAAAGCCCACAGGACAAUGAGCUACAGAGGAGGCAUGAAUGAAUACAUGAAAUACAGGAUCCCUACUGAUCCUAAUGCAGCACUUCAGAGAAGUCGUAGCAGCUUCCAGCUGGAUUGUUCAAAGGAAGGAGAUACCAACAAAGACCUCUCCUGGAGACACGACAUCCAAGAGAUAACAGACCCUCUGCAGGACACGUCCUCCAACAGAUCUUACAGGGAAUCCUUGAAAGAUGCCCAGUCUAAUGUCCUUUGGUCCACCUCCUUCAACCGGAGGGACUUCAGUUCUUCGAUGAGCCCCCCUCCCAGUGUGUCCUCCUCUAGCAGGCAGCUUCCUCUGCCCGUACCUGCCAAGUACCACUCACUGGAGAAAAAGGGCCCAAAAACUUUGCCCAAACCACACGGCGUCAUCAUCACGCCACAGCUGCCACCUGUCACUUCCCCCCACACCCCGAAAGAGAGGUAUGUGGUCAGCCCAGACGUCCGAGGUCCGAGCCCGCCAGCUCUUCCCAGCGUCCCCCCAGUUGGACCUCCCCCACCCCUGACAAGGAUCUGUGGCCGUAAGCGUCUGACAGGGGAGCAGAAAAAGCGAUCGUAUUCGGAGCCAGAGAACAUGAACGAAGUCGGGGUGUCAGAUAUGGAGACUGCUGCCCUGUUCCGGCGUGGAGGAGAAACGAGUGUGGCCGAUCGGCGGAAGAUGUUUGAACUCGCGGCAAGUCGCGUCGGGACUCCUCAGGGCGCAAUGUCAAGGAACGACCUGCGGCAAGUUCGGCAAGAUGCUCUCUUCGAGUACUUCGAAAGGAAGACGGGAGCUAAGAGAGACGAGGUCGGACAGAAGAGCGGGUCGAGGCCUCGUAGUGCAUAUGUGCGGCCUGAACAUGGCAGCCAAGCAGACACCAUCAGCCUCUCCUCCACCUCCAGCCUGCUUUCACUCCAGGACUACGGUCCAGAUCAAAGCAGCUUUGCUGGCGAAAGGCGUCUCUGCACAACCCUUCCUCCUGGGGCCGACCUGCGGAGUCUACAGUCCAACUUCUUCUACCCCGGCAGGGUGACCACACCCAGGCCUCCAGCACAUCCUCCUCCGAGUGCUUCUCCUGGUUCCGCUUUUGAAUUCCAUGCCCAAAACCACCAGGACCUAAUCCCCGUAGCAGUCAUCAGCGGACAGAAUCUGGCUCAUAGCAGGAAAGCGAGCCUGGACCAGAACUGGCAGGUCGCAGAGCCUCAGCUCAACCUGGGAGUUUCCAAACAGCUCAGUGGGCCUUUGCAGAAGGCUGGGAAGUCGGCUUCUGCGGAGGAUCUCCUGGAGCGAUCCGAAGACAGGCCAUCUGUUCCCCAACACGUCCGCUCUCGCUCCUCACCAGUCAUGGACAACCUGAACCAGGACUUCCACUCAUCUGACGUCAAGACGUUUGGGGUCUCGUUCUCUGAGAGCGGCCGCUGUGCUCUGGCUGCAGACAGACCUACAGACAUCCAUCCAUCAGGGGGUCUCUCUUCUCCUCCACCCUCCUUCUACAGUGACAAAACCACUAAACCUGCAGGAACCCCACAAGACCACCGGCACACUCCCGUCGUGCACAGGGAGCGGCAGAGGCCCGGCGAGCGCCAGCGGGCCCACAGCACCUCCACCCUGGCCGCCUCUGUAGGCCUGCCCUGCCCCUUUUCCCCGCCAGGCGCUCAGGACCGAAGCUCUGCCGAGUGGAAAGCCAGCGAGAGGCUGAGCCCGGCCAACCUGGAGGCCAUCACGUUCCCGGACACCCCCCAAAGCGGCACAGGGUUAGACACCCCAAAGGGCACUGGCGGUAGGCUCCUCACCAAUGUUCCGCCACUCUGCCAGCCUUCCACGCCAAACAGGAGGUCCAGCGGGAGCUCCACAUCCUCUCCCCUACCGUCCGUCCAGCAGCACCUGUCCCCUCUGAGGAUCUCAGAGUCCAGCCUCUCUGGUUCUGUUGGCCAGCAGCCACCACUCCCUACCUCUGCAGGCACUCAGCAAGAGGAUCUUGACGAGGUCUUCCUCCAAAAUUCCGACCUUCCGCCCCCGCCUUCUCCACCCGCGUCACCUAUGAAGGAGACCAGCAUCAUGGAGGACUUCCCCCCUCCCCCGCCUCCCAUUGAGCUGGAGCAGGAAGCUGAGCAGAGUCCGAGAUCUGAUUUCCUGGAAAACAACCGCAUCAAGGCUUCAAUCUGGUCCUCUCCCUCCCAAAAGCCACGGCCGUCCACUCCCCCCACAGCAGAAGACAACCUCAGUUUUGAGUACCAAGCGUUGCCCAAGAGGGAGAAGACAUCUGAGGAGCGGAGGGUGGAGGCAUUGGCUCGCCAACUGGUGCUCCAGGACCCCUCUCUGGCGCCCCUUCUGGACACGUGGGGGGGUAAAUCCACAGUGGACCUGAUGGAGGAGAUCUUCCCAAACAGCAGGCUGAAUCAGCACAGGGCCAGCGUCCAUGCUGCUGACAGGAUCCAAGAUGGUGUCAGUGAUGCUGGUCAGCAUGUUGUUACUGACCAGCUUGAGACCGACCUGGAUGAGCAAGAAAGGGACAUGACCAUCAGUAAGGUGGCUCUCUGUGAGGCUCUGAGGAGCAGCGUGGCGGCUCUCCAGAGGGAGAAGGAGUGUGUGUGUGAGGAGCAGAGGCUCCACCAGGCUCUGGGAGCCAGCAUGGAGACGCUGGUGCAGGAGCGCCUCAAAACCAACGAGAGGGACAAGUACAGCAUGUUCAUCGGUGCGGCGUCCCACUCGCCUCCGAGAGGUCUAAGGUCAACCGGAGUGGCGGGUCCUGGUGACCGGGUUUUGCUCUGGCUGUUUGCAGGGGAUCUGGAGAAGAUCGUGAACCUGCUGCUGUCUCUGUGCGGCCGGCUGUCCAGGAUCGACCGGUCACUGCUGGCCCUGGAGCGGGACGGGGGGAUGUCAGAGGACGCAGUGGAGGAGAGGGAGUCUCUGCAUCACAAGCGCUCGCUGCUCCUGCGCCAAACGGAAGACGCCCGGGAGCUGAAGGAGAACCUGGAGCGCCGGCAGGGCGUGGUCCACGCCAUCCUGUCCGGGUACCUGACCCCGGCCCAGCUCCAGGACUACCGCCACUUCGUCAGCGCCAAGCCGUCCCUCCUGGUGCGCCAGCGCCACCUGGACGACCUCAUCCGCCACGGGCAGGAGCAGCUGCGGCGGCUGGAGGAGAGCCUGCCGCCCCCGCCGGGGGGGGCGGCGCCCCGGCCCUCAGGCCCCACGCCCUGCUCCCCCGCCAUCCUGACCGCCCACCCGGUCAGGUCCACCACCGUCACGUCCCUCUAA